CCCCCGCGGUACUGAGGGGACCCGCCAGCCGCCGCCGCCGCCGCCGCCGCCAUGACGGACCGCUACACCAUCCACAGCCAGCUGGAGCAUCUGCAGUCCAAGUACAUCGGGACGGGCCACGCCGACACCACCAAGUGGGAGUGGUUGGUCAACCAGCACCGGGACUCCUACUGCUCCUACAUGGGCCACUUCGACCUCCUCAACUACUUCGCCAUCGCCGAGAACGAGAGCAAGGCCCGCGUCCGCUUCAACCUCAUGGAGAAGAUGCUGCAGCCCUGCGGCCCGCCCGCCGACAAGCCCGAGGAGAACUGACGCCGUCCCCCGCCUCACGCUCACCCGCCGGGACCCCGGGGUCCCCCUCUGCCCACCUAAGAAGAGCAAACCCGUCGGGACCCCGGACUCUCCAUCCUCCAGCUCACCCACAGGGACUCCAGGGCCCCCCUCUGCCACCUAAGAAGAGCAAACCCGUCGGGACCCUGGACUCUCCUUCCUCCCGCUGACCCACUGGGACCUCGGGGUCCCCCUCUGCCCACAGAAGAAGAGCAAACCCGUCAGGACCCUGGACUCUCCAUCCUCCCACUGACCCACUGGGACUCCAGGGUCCCCUUCUGCCCAUCUGAGAACAGCAAACCCGUCGGGACCCCGGACUCUACAUCCUCCCGCUGAUCCACUGGGACUCCAGGGCCCCCCUCUGCUCACCUAAGAAGAGCAAACCCAUCAGGACCCUGGACUCUCCAUCCUCCCACUGACCCACAGGGAGUCCAGGGUCCCCCUCUGCCACCUAAGAAGAGCAAACCCGUCGCGACCCCGGACUCUCCAUCCUCCCACUGACCCACUGGGACUCCAGGGUCCCCUUCUGCCCAUCUGAGAACAGCAAACCCAUCGGGACCCCGGACUCUCCGUCCUCCCGCUGACCCACUGGGACCCCAGGGUCCCUCUCUGCCCACCUAAGAAGAGCAAACCCAUCGGGACCGUGGACUCUCCAUCCUCCCGCUGACCCACUGGGACUCCAGGGUCCCCCUCUGCCCACCUUAGAAGAGCAGACCCCAGGACCCUGGAUUCUCCAUCCUCCCGCUGACCCAACGGACUCCAGGGUCCCCCUCUGCCCACCUUAGAAGAGCAGACCCCGGGACCCUGGAUUCUCCAUUCUCCCGCUGACCCGCCAGGACCCCGGGAUCCCCUUCUGCCCACCUGAGAGCUGACCCAUCAAGACCCUGGACUCUCCAUCCUCCCGCUGACCCACUGGGACCCCAGGGCCCCCCUCUGCCCACCUAAGAAGAGCAAACCCGUCGGGACCGUGGACUCUCCUUCCUCCCGCUGACCCGCUGGGACUCCACGGUCCCCCUCUGCCACCUAAGAAGAGCAAACCCAUCGGGACCGUGGACUCUCCAUCCUCCCGCUGACCCACUGGGACUCCAGGGUCCCCCUCUGCCACCUAAGAAGAGCAAACCCGUCAGGACCCUGGACUCUCCAUCCUCCCGUUGACCCGCCAGGCCACCGGGAUCCCCUUCUGUCCACCUGAGAGCUGACCCGCCAGCACCCUGGACUCUCCAUCCUCCCGCUGACCCACUGGGACCCCAGGGUCCCGCUCCUCCUGCUGAGCCUCCUGGGGUCCUCCUCUGCCCACCUAAGAGCUGACCCGUUGGGACCCCGGACUCCCCAUCCUCCCGCUGACCUGCCAGGACCCUGGACUCUCCAUCCUCCCGCUAACCCACUGGGACUCCAGACUCUCCAUCCUCCCCUGACCCACCGGGAUUCCAGGGUCCCCCUCUGCCCACCUAAGAGCUGACCCGCCAGGACCCUGGACUCUCCAUCCUCCCGCUAACCUCCUGGAACCCCAGGGUCCCCCUCUGCCCACAUAAGAAGAGCCGACCUGUCGGGACCCCGGGGUCCCCCUCUGCCCACCUAAGAGCUGACCCACCGGGACCCCGGGGUCCCCCUCUGCCCACAUAAAAAGAACAGACCCGCCGGGACCCUGGACUCCCCAUCCGCCCGCUGACCCUCCAGGACCCCGUGGUCCCCCUCUGCCCACCUAAGAACUGACCCGCCAGGACCCUGGACUUCCAUCCUCCUGCUGACCCGCUGGGGCCCCAGGGUCCUCUGCCCGCCUGAGAAGGCGUGGUCCACCAGGACCUUGGGGUUCCCCGUCCUCCUCCCCCAAAGAGACCUGACUCUCCGGGACCCUCCCGAGAUGCUGCCGAGAGAGGAGGCGAGGAACCCGGGUCCUCUUGGGCUGCAGGCCCGGGAAGGGAGCCUUGGGCCAAUACGGACGACCGUGGCCUGUGACGGGGAGCAAUUGUGAUCCGUGGCAGACUCCACCUUCAUAAAAUCAAAAAAAGCUGCAA